AUGCGGUUUUGGCCACAAACAAUUUUUCGGCCUGCAAUUACGGCUGCAAGCAUUUUGGCAUCAUCAUCAUCAUCAUCAUCAUCGAGCUCUUCUUUAACAUAAUCAUCAUCUGCUCCCAAAAGCGAAUCCAAGCCCAAAACUGAGACAGCCACUAGCAAGAAGGCCACGCCCACAACUGCAGCUGCAGCCACAACAACACGCCAGUCAAAGUCGGUGAAGGUAAAGCCUGUGCCCGGCGAGAAUCGCGGCAAGCGCACGCUCUACGACUUCGGCAAUGCGGGCUAUCUCUAUCCGGAGGUGGCCAGCCGGCGUGCCGGCUACGUGGACAGCUACUAUCCGCAGGCGGGCUACUACAAUGGACAGCAGGCCAUAGCUCAGUAUCCGGGCAGCUUUGGCAGCGCCUAUGCGCCGUAUCCGCAGUAUCUGGAGGCGCCGGAGCCCAUCAUCGAGAUCAUUAUUAAGGAUGCGAACGAAACGCUUGCCCAGGAGCCGCCGCAGCCCAUUGUGACCAAGACGAAGAAGAAGAAGAAGGAGAAGGUGCACGUGUACUAUGUGAACUACAAAAAGGAUCAGAACAACAAGCUGCAUCUGGAGACGCCCAUCGCCUCGCUGAACAACGACGACAACGACGAGCCCGAAGAGGAGGAGGAGGAGGAGCUGGUCCAGUAUCCGGUGACCCCGUUGCCACAGCUCAAGGCGGCCACCACGCUGCGCACCAUCAUCCAUCCCGACUCCGAAAAGUAUCACAGCAACAGUGGCAUACACGUGUCCUUUGGCGCCGAGAACAAGCAGCAGACGGGCCACAUCCUAGAAGAGCACGAUGCGGAGAGCGUUCAGCGCCAGGUCGUGGCGCUGCCCCUGACCAACACGCGCGCCGACUACGGACGCGAGAACAGCUUCGGGCGUGGCCCAGUCUCCAACUUGCUCUUCGGCAGCAACAGCUACCAGCAACAGGCGCAGCAGCAACAGUUGCUGUUUGCCAAUCAUCAGCAGCUGCCCACGCAGCACAGCAGCAACUACUUCAGGCCGCCAAGCAAGCAGCAACAGCCGCCUCAGCAGCAGCAGUCACAGCAGCAACAUUCACAGCAGCAACAUUUCUAUCAGAAGCAGCAACAGCAGCAGCGGCCCAGCAUCACGCAGCAGCAAUUGCCGUCCACAUCCUCGCAAAGCAUAUUCAACAAGCUAGUGCAGCAGUCGCAGUUCUAUGUCAAUCACAAUCAGCAAUAUCAGACGCAGACACAGCAGCAGCAGCCGCAGCAGCAACAGCAGCAACAGCAGCAGUACCAGAAGCCGCCGCAUAAGCAGGUGCAAGUGCCCUUCUUCCCAACAAUACCGCCAAAAACUCAAGAGCUGCCCACGCGUGCCAGCUCCACGCCAUAUCAGCCCAUCAAAUUCCGACCCACGCCCGCACCAGCGCCACAAGUCAAGCCAUUGCAGCUGCCGCUCAAGCUGGACAGCUAUCAGCAGCAACAGCAGCAACAGCAGCAUCAACAGCAGCAGCAGCAGCAAUAUCAAACGCCCAAACCGCAGCCUUAUCAGUUCGUAAGACAGCCACAGUUUGUGCAGCAGCCGCAGUUUAUAGUGCACUCGCCCACGCCAGCAACACCCUACUAUUCACAGCAGCAACAGCAGCAACAUCAUCAGCAGCAGCAGCAACAGCAGCAGCAGGAACACAAAUACUCCUCGCAAUCGCUCAACUAUUUUGACAUAAAACCCUCCAAGGAAACGGAGCUCUUGAAGUCCAUACCCAAGUUCGAGCAGCACAUAACCGAGACGGUGCAGAAUCCGCUCAUACCCAGCCAACAGGAGCAGCAGCUGUCACAUCAGCAAUUCGCGUACAGCAGCAAUCGCAAUGAGGUGAUUCAUGACAUACCCGCGCCCAAUCUAGCGCCAGGGCCCACCAACGCAGCUCAGCCACACACCCAAUCCCAGUCCCAGUCCCAGUCCAUUGCUGGCCAUUAUAUCACAGCCAGCAACACGCACCAGCAACAACAGCAGCAGCAGCAACAGCAGCAGCAAUCGCAGUACAGCAGCUUUGCCAGCGAGGCGCCGCCUGUUUAUGCCGAGUCCACGCAUGGCCAGAAGGUAAUGGUGGUCACGCCCGUGCCACCUGCCGCCAGCUAUGCCAGCUACAAUCAGUAUCCGCAGGCGCACAACGAGCAGGUGAUACAGGUGCAUCCGCAGGCGCAGCAGCCCAGGCAGACGAGCAAUGCGCAGCUGAGUGCAGCUGUGGAUAAUUCGCCCUUCAGCGUGUCCACCUACCACUCGGAUGUGUUCAAGGAGCUGCAGCAGCGACAGCAACAGGAGCGAAACCAGCAGCAACAACAACCGCAGCAGCAAUCUACUUAUGUAACCCCAGCAGCAGCAGGAGCUGCCGGUGCAGCAGCAGCUGCUGCCCCAACGCCAACUCCGUUGCCCACGGCUGCGCCCGCGCCUAAUGGCAAGGCUUCGCAGACGCUGCUGCAGCUGCCGGACGAGGUGCCCGAUGAUCUGCGCCAGCAGCUCCUCUCCUCCGGCAUACUGAACAAUGCCGACAUCUCGGUGCUGGACUAUGACAAGCAGGGUGAUAUUGCUUUGGAGAAUCUGCCCGCGGAGCAUCUGCAGCAUUUCUAUGGCGCCGGCGGCGGUGCACAAAUAGCCGAGACCAACAAGGUGCUGACCGUGGUGAAGCCCAACGGCGACAAGGUGGCGCUCAGCGAAAAGCAAAUCGAACGCGUCAAGCAGAGCAACUCGUUGCCACAGAAACAGAAUCUGGACGUGAAGGUGGUGCGCUACGAUGCCGAGCAGGGCCAGAGCGUGAGCGACAAGUAUGUGCGCACGGAUGCGACCGUGGUGACGCCCGUCGAGCUGGCCGAUCGCCAGCAAUACAAUCGCUAUUUGCCGCUGAAAAUAAAUGGCGCACAGUUUCCCAUACCCGACAGCGAGGAGCUGCUGGGCAAGAAGAUUGUGAGCGUGGUGGUGCUGGCGCCAGUCGAGGCACAGCCUCCGACGCAGUCCAGCGAGGCGCGCAGCAGCAGUGUGGACAGCAAGGAGGUCAAGUUUCUGGGCGGUGAGCUGGUCAAGACGCUGGUCAAGAAGCCCACCAAGGAGAACUUCAAGCGCUGGCUCGAGAAGGAGGCGCGCACGGACAUCGAACUACAGUCGGUGGUGCUCCUAGUGGCCAAAUCCAGCGAUGCCUCGGAGCAGGAGAUCUUCAUGUAUGACAUAACGACAGGCAGCGUCAACAAGCUGAAUGGCGAACUCUCCAGCACCUUUGUGAAUGUGGCCGAGGAGAAUGCCAGCAGCGAGGAUUUGGAGCAUGCGGCCACACUGGAUCCCAGCUCGCUAGAGACCAUGAUGCAUAUGCGUCGCAGAUGAAGCAGACGCCGCAUACACACACACACAUACACAUAAUAUGCCAUUUAGAUACUUGACCCAAACAUCCUUGAACUUGUACUAUAUUCAAAUUCUUUCAUUCACAUUGGCGCACAUUAUUUUUGGCACUAAAAUUCGU